GGUUUCAACACUCUUUGUCCUGACAGGCAGCGAGGCAGCAGCUCCUCUGGUCUCCUCUGAACUUUACUUUCUUUUCAACUCUUUUUGAACUUCUUUUGAAGCUCCCAAAAGCAAAAAAAAUGACUUUUCCUUUGAAGUUUUAGAGAGUUGUUGUUGUUGGAUACAUUGUUGCAGCCUCCUCCUCCUCCUCCUCCUCCUCCUCAACCAUUGACCUGUCAGUCAUGAGGAGCAGGAGCAACUCAGGUGUGAAGCUGGACAACUAUGCCCGGAUGGUGCAGCAGACGAUCCUGAGGCACCAGGACCCGGUGACGGGUCUUCUGCCGGGCACCGCCGACGAGGCUCACUCAUGGGUCAGAGACAACGUUUACUGCGUCCUGUCGGUGUGGGCCCUCAGUCUGGCCUACAGGAAGAACGCCGACCGGGACGAGGACAAGGCCAAGGCCUACGAGCUGGAGCAGAGUGUGGUGAAGCUGAUGAGAGGAAUCCUUCAGGGCAUAAUGAGGCAGCUGGAUAAGGUGGAGAAGUUCAAAUACAGCAGAAGUACCUCGGACUCGCUCCACGCCAAGUACAACACCAGGACCUGUGCUCCGGUUGUCGGGGACGACGAGUGGGGUCACCUGCAGGUCGACGCCACCUCGCUCUUCCUCCUCUUCCUCGCUCAGAUGACUGCAUCUGGUCUCCACAUCGUCUACACCCAGGAUGAAGUGGACGUCGUUCAGAAUCUGAUGUUCUACAUUGAGACGGCCUACAAAGCGGCUGAUUAUGGGAUGUGGGAAAGAGGAGACAAAACCAACCAGGGCAUCACUGAGAUCAACGCCAGCUCUAUAGGCAUGGCCAAGGCGGCUCUGGAGGCUUUGGACGACCUCAACUUGUUCGGAGCCAAAGGAGGACCUGGAUCCGUGGUCCACGCUCUGGCCGACGACAUACAGAACUGCCAGUCCAUCCUGACCUCGAUGUUACCCAGAGCCUCCAUGUCCAAAGAGGUGGAUGCCGGAGUCCUGGCCAUCAUCUCGUACCCGGCCUUCGCCGUUGACGACAUCAGCAUCGUCAACGUGACCAAGGAGGAGAUCAUCUCCAAACUGCAGGGUCGAUACGGCUGCUGCAGGUUUCUCAGAGACGGACACAAAACACCGAAAGAGGAUCCAAACCGGCUGUAUUACGAGUCGGCAGAACUGAAGCUGUUUGAAAACAUUGAGUGCGAGUGGCCGCUGUUCUGGACCUACCUCAUACUGGACGGCAUCUUCAUCAACAGCCCCGAGCAGGUGCAGGAGUACCAGGAGGCUCUGGAGGGCAUCCUGAUCAAACAGAAGGACGGGAUACGUUUAGUGCCGGAGCUCUACAGCGUCCCUGCAGACAAGGUGGAGGAGGAGUACAUGAACCCCCACUCUGUGGAGAGGGUCCCGUUGGGAAAAUGUCCUCUGAAAUGGGGACAGUCUCUGUACAUCCUGGGAAACCUUCUGUCUGAGGGAUUUCUGGCCCCCGGAGAGGUCGACCCUCUCAACCGACGUUUCUCCACCAUCCCCAAACCUGACGUGGUCGUACAGGUGUCAAUUCUUGCAGAGACCGAGGAGAUCAAAGAGCUGCUGAUGAAGAACGGUAUAGAAGUGGAGACGGUCGCCGACAUCCACCCGAUCCACGUUCAGCCCUCCAGAGUCCUCAGCCACAUCUACGCCCGACUCGGUCGAAACCCGAGGCUGGGUCUGACGGGACGGCCCUACAGGAGAAUAGGAGUGCUGGGAACCUCCAAAUUCUACACCAUCAGAAACACCAUCUUCUCAUUCACACCUCAGUUCAUCGACCAUCAGCAGUUCUACUUGGCGCUGGACAACAAAAUGAUCGUGGAGAUGUUGAGGACGGAGAUCGCCUACCUCGCCUCCAGAUGGAGGAUGACCGGCAGACCCACCGUCACUUUUCCUAUUUCACAGACUAUGCUGACUGAAGACCACACAAACCUGGACCCAACGGUUUUGGCGACACUGAAGAAGCUACAGGACGGAUAUUAUGGAGGAGCAAGGAUCCAGACGGGGAAGCUGUCGGAGUUCUUGACCACUUCCUGUUUCGCUCACCUGAGCUUCCUGGAUGGUAAGGGUUCUGGCAGCAUGAGCCGCCGCGACGGAGCUUAUGACGAUGAUGAGUGUGACGGCGAUGGAUACGUGCAUGAGUUACGUAAUGAUGAUGAGGCCGAUGACCUGGCUCAGUACUUGGACCACCUGUUGGCUCACGCUGCCCCCAAGAAGCCCAAACAGCAGGUUGGAGGUCUGGGGAGGUUCAAGGCUCUGGCCACCAAAACCAAGGAGAUGGUGUCUCUGAUGAACAAGGCUCAGGACCUGGACGUGCACAAUGUCAACAUGUACCUUCCCAACAAGCUGUUCCGCUCUCCUCAACCCUCCCUCAACCUGAACCUCCCAGACUCCUCGUCACCGCAAGACACUCAGGCUCCGGAGACAACGGUCCAUCCAGAGAGCGGCGUCCCCAGAGAGGCCAGCGGAGGAAUCGACUACAAGGCUCUGGCCCAGCUGCUGAAAGACACGCAAAGUCUCCAGGACCAGGCCGAUAUCCUCUACAUCCUCUUCAAAGACAAGGGGAUGGACUGGGACACGCUUCUGCACGGUAAAGGCUCCACGGUGAGAUCUCUGCUGUCCGACCUGUACGAGAAGGCCGGAGAGCUCAAACACUGGAGUCUCAUCAGGAUGAUCUCUGGCAUGCUGAGGAAGAAGGUGGAGGAGCUGGACUCGGCCUGCUCUGAUUUGCUGGCCCACCAGAAGCACCUCACCGUGGGUCUCCCCCCCGAGCCCAGAGAGAAAACCAUCACGGCUCCCAUCCCUCCGGACCAGCUGGCCGUUCUCAUCGACGAGGCCAGCGACAACAACAUCAGCGUGGCCAUCCUCACUCAGGAGAUCAUGGUGUACCUGGCUAUGAGCAUCAGGACUCAGCCCAACCUGUUCAGCGAGAUGUUCAGGCUCCGGAUCGGUCUCAUCAUCCAGGUCAUGGCCACGGAGCUGGCCCAGUCGCUCAACUGCUCAGGAGAGGAGGCCACAGAGAGUCUGAUGAGUCUCAGUCCGUCCGAGCUGAAGAAUCUCCUCCAUCACAUCCUCAGCGGGAAAGAGUUCGGCGUGCAGUGCAGCGUUAGAGAGCUGGACACCGGCGUCAGUAGUGCCAUCUCCAUCCAUCACCUUGGCAACGUGGGCGCCACAAAGAGCGAGAGAGCCGGAAUCAGCAAACUGAAGAGCGACAUGAAGAUGCUGGAACACAGGUUGUCUAUGACGGACCCCAGUAAGGCGGAGCACAGGUUGUCGUUGGGGGAUCCAUUUAAGGAGCCCAGGUUGUCUUUGACGGAUUCUGCUGCAGAGCUCGACCAAUCACUGACCUCCAUUCGUAAGGGAGCUAGAUCGCAGUCGCUGGACAUAGGAAACAUUGAAUCUGGGAGGUACAGGAUGCAGUCCAUAGAGGCUCUGGACAUUCCGGAAUUCCUGCCGGUCGCCAAGGAUACCAGACACGGCCAAUGGCUGCGCAGGAGGCGUCUGGACGGAGCGCUGAACCGAGUCCCCAUCGGCUUCUACCAGAAAGUCUGGAGGAUCCUGCAGAAGUGUCACGGUUUGUCCAUAGAAGGGUUCGUCCUUCCUUCUUCAACCACCAGAGAGAUGACCCCGAGAGAGAUCAAGUUCUCCGUCCACGUGGAGACGGUGCUGAACCGCGUCCCUCAGCCCGAGUACCGGCAGCUGCUGGUGGAGGCCAUCCUGGUGCUCACCAUGCUGGCCGACGUGGAGAUCCCCACCAUCGGCUCCAUCAUCCACGUGGAGAAGAUCGUCCAGCUGGCCAACGACAUGUUCUACAAGGAUCAGAGGGACCUGGGAGCCGAGGAGCACAUCCUGGAGCGGGACCCGUCCACGGGCGUGUGCAGGCUGCUGUACGACAGCGCCCCCAGUGGCCGUUUCGGGAGCAUGACCUACCUCACCAAGGCCGUGGCGGCGUACGUGCAGGACUUCCUGCCCAGCGGGUCGUGUGCAGUGCAGUGAGGCGACGACGACCAGAGCGAGGGGUGAAACCACUCAGUAGAACAAAUGAAGUUAAAGCUAAAAUAUUUCACAUUAAAUUAACAAUAAAUCAACUUGAAAAACUGUGUAAUAGUGGAGAGACCCGUGUUACAGGUUGCUUUAUUUAUAGGAUUUAUGUGCAACUUUAACAACAGACUCAUGAACUGUAUUAUUUGUCUUUAAGUUGUGUCCUCGUCUCCAUGGCAACCUCAACUUUACAUGUGCAUAGGUCUCACAUGGAUACUAUUUUUCUAUAUUUUUCAAAAUGGCUCAGAAAUGCCCUUUUAAAAAAAUGUAGGCACUGUAGCAUUGAUACACAUUCGGUGCUCUAGUUAUGCACAGAUUAUGAGACAAUGGGCAAAGACAUGCAAAGGGCCAAGUCUUUUUGGUCAUUUUGCAUUUAUUUGUUCUUUUGCGUCUCUUUGUGGUCUUUUUGGUCAUUUUGUAGUCAUUUUGUAGUCAUUUUGCAUGCCUUAUUGGUCAUUUCCCAUGCCAUUGUAGAGGUCUGAUGUCUCUUUUGGGUUGUUUUGCGUCUUUUUGUGGUCUUUUGUUGCUCUAUAUGUCGUUUUGGUUGUCUUAUAGACAUUUUGCGUGCCCUUGUAGUCUUUUUGUGUCUUUUUGGUUGAUUUACGUCUCUUUCUUGUCAUUUUGUGUCUCCAUGUGGUCUUAUUGUGUCCUUUUUGUGGUGUUUUGCGUCAGUUGUUGGUCUAUCGUGUCCCUUUUUGGAUGUCUUGUGUCUAUAUUUGUUUGUUUUGCGUCUCUUUGUGACUUCCCAAUAACAAUGGAGCACAUAGGAUUUAGCUACUACAUCAUCAGGCUUUUCUUACUUGUUCAUUGUUGGUUUUGGUCUUUUUAUGCUAUUUGUUGACGAUAAGAAAAAUAUAGAAAACCACAAGACCUUAAAGUAGAAGAAAGAUUCAUUUCCGUCCACUACUAAUGCAGGUCUUUUUUUGUAUGGGAAACUAGUUGUGUGUAUUAAUUUGAUGAAUGGGAAUGUUUUCAGUUUCUUUACAGCUAAGUAGUAAGUUUACUAACUAAGAAUUCUUAGUUUUUAUUCUUUUUUUUUUCACACCAAAUCUUCAAAUUUCAAACAGACUAAAAAACAAGUUUUACAAAAUCAAAAUAAUUCUCAUUACCUCGCAUAAAACAUGUCACUUUACCUCCAGUCCUACAUGCUGUAUGAUGUAUAAAAUAAUGACAAUUAUUACAUAAUCUAUCGACUAUUUAUUUUACAUCUCUAAAAUGGAAAUUAAAGGAAGCUAAAAAAAGAUGUGUCUUAAAGAGGACGCAGGUCUGAUGAUGCACUUAUAAUUGUGUGUGUGUGUGUGUGUGUGUGUGUGUGUGUGUGUGUGUGUGUGUGUGUGUGUGUGUGUGUGUGUGUGUGUGUGUGUGUGUGUGUGUGUGUGUGUGUGUGUGUGUGUGUGUGUGUGUGUGUUAUUAUGAACUAUGCAAAAAAUAGCAGACUUAAAGAUUGUGUAGAUGUAAAAAAAACAACUUAUUUUUUAACACAAAUAACUUUUAUUGUGAAAAUUAAAAAGUUUUCUGCAUAAAGUUAUAUUUGAAUGCAGUGAUUAAAAAAGGGAAAUGCCUAAAAGCUGUAACUUUGUUUGAGUUUUUUUGUUUAAUUGCAGUAAAACUUGAAGCAAUUUACUCAUAUUUUACAUUUUGUCACAUAUUUCACCUUUAACUGUUCAAUGCACAAAUGUUUAAAGAAUUCAGAGUUUUGUUCACUGUGAGAAACAUAACGCCUGUUACUUAACUGUACAAUAACUGGACUGAUAGAUCAAUUAUUAGAAGAUGUGAGCGCCACACUCCAUGGGAACUGCAAACAAUCAUGGCGGCACAAGUGAGUCACGUCUCUACUGAAUAGUAAAGUCUGAGCGUUCAUUUCUAUGUGGCUAGAUAAGAGUGUCAACUGAACAACUGUUGGAUGUUUUUCUUGUUUUUGAGACUAAUUCUGUAAUA